UGGUACAACGCGCGCAAUGAUUUCAUUGGAACUAUAGAUAGAAUUGAAAAAAAACUGAAUCUAAUAGUCACACUCAAUUCUUCAAGAAACACCUGACAAUUCAGAUAAACUAUUUAUCAGCAGUCAUUUAGUCAGUUUGUUCCCAGAUUUUGUUCCGAACGGUUUGAUUCAGUUCGGAAAUUCGAAGCUUAAAAUUCCAUAUGAAUAGAAUAAAAAAAUUUCAUCAUAUAAACAGUCAUUUUAUUUUCAAAAUGGUCCACUUACGAAGUGGUGUUCGUCGUUGUCAUUAUCAUCUUCAUAAUCAUCAUCAUCAUGAAGAUUGGUCAAAGUCGUUGUUUAUUCCAUUAUUUACAUUAUUAAAUUCAAAAUUCCAUCAUCACCAAAAUGAAACAGUAUUAUAUUGUCAUUGCCGUCAUCGUCAUUCCAUGCGAUUUUCAUUGUUAUCAUCAUCAUUCCUAUUAUUAUUUCUAUUAGGAUUUUAUAUAGGUUUGAUCGAUACUUAUGAAUUUUUUCAUCACGAUCAUCAUUAUUAUGAACAGCAACAACAAUAUCAACCGAAUCAACAACAAAUCUAUUUCGGUCCAAUCACAUCGAAUCGCUCGAAUCAAUCCAAUACAUUUCGUAUAGGAAUUAUAUUUACCAAACAAUCACACACUGAAUUUCACCAUGCAAUUUUUCGUUAUAUAAUCAAAUAUUUUAAUAAUCGUCUACAACAACAUCAAGCAAUUCCAACAUUAAAUUCUUUGUCAUCAGCCAUUAAAAACCAUUAUCAUCAUCAACAACAAAAUACAAUGUAUUCUCCAUCGCAGCAAUCUAUUCAGCACCCAUAUAAUCAUUUUCAAACAACUACAACAACGACAUCGACCACCGAACACCCAUCAUCAUCUACGAUGCUAUCUUCUCAAAUAAAAAUGGUACCAUUGAUCAGCCAUAUUGAUCAUGAUAAUCCAUUUCAAGUGAUUCAAGAGCUUUGCCUUCAAUUAAAUCGUGGUGCAAUGGCAUUCAUAAUACCACCAAGUGGCCUAUUCAAUAGUCAUCAAACAUUGAUGGCCUAUUCAGCCGUAUUCAAGCUUCCAUUGAUAUCGACAGCAAUGAUACCAUCAUUUUCACCGGAAAAUUCUCAGUCAAAAAUUCCUAAAUCAUAUCCAUGGCCAUCAUUUGAAUCAUCUGCAUCACAAAUCCGAUCAUCCUCAUCAAAUCAAGAACGUGAUCAUCUUUAUUAUCAUCGUUAUCAGUCAUCAUCAUCAUCAUUUGGAUAUGGAAACUUUACAUUUCAUUUAUAUCCAGAUUUUACUCGAGCAAUCGUCGAAACAAUCAAAUAUUAUAAAUGGCCAAAUAUCAUUUUUUUAUACAAUACCGAUACUGGUUCACUACGGUUCCAACAUCUAAUGCAUCAUCUAACUGGAUGGUUAGACGACACACAACAACAUCGUAUGGAUAUGAUGAUCGGAUGGCAUCCAAUAGUUUUGUCAUUGGUUCGUAGUUUUGAUAACAUCAACGAAGCUAACCAUAUUCUACAACAAUUGGAACUAAAUGAAAGUCAUUCGCCAAAACAUGUGCUACUUGAAUGUCGUACAAUGGCCGAAGCGCGAUCGAUCAUUGUCAAUCAUGUACGUGAUAUAUUCAUAAGUGCAAGAAAUUAUCAUUUUCUCAUUCCCAAUCAUCUAUUAUCGACCGAAGAAUUUUUUGAUGACAACAUCAAAGAACUUCAUGUAAUGAAUAUCACAUUGCUUCAAUUGUCAUCCACAUUAUCUACAUCAUGGUCUACAUGGCAUUCAAAGACCAAUAAUAGACCAUUCCCUUACGACACGAUGGCCAUGAUCAAUACAUCAUCGACCGAAAGUCGCCUGUUUUCAAUUUUUUCCCGUUACUUUCAUUCAACAGCGAAUGCUGGUGUUGAUAUGAAUGGAAGCAGUAAUAACUAUCCUAAGGGAAAUUUCAAAUCCUCAACUCCUCCAUCACAAUUGGAACAGGCUUCAGAUGGUUUACUCUUAUUCGAUGCCAUACAAACUCUUUACAAAGCAUUUUCUUCGAUGUCCAAUUCGUUGAGUAAUGAUUUUAAUCAACGUAUCCGAUCGCCAACAAAAUCAUCAUCGAUACCAACGAGCACUCUAAACUAUACAAAUGCUUGUAAUUCGGCCGGCAUUGAACAAUUCAUCUCGGCACAAUUUGGUGAUAAUCUUCGGCAGUUCAUUGCAAAACAAUAUUUAGACGGCCUCACUGGUCCCAUUGAUUUCGAUCGAUUCGGACAGCGACAAAACUAUUCAAUCGACAUUAUAGAAUCGGGUUUGAAUGUAAAACCUCACAAGAUUGGCAAUUGGACUAAUCGAGAUGGUUUUCGUUUAGAUCUGGAUAUGAUAAAGAACAAACCCGAAGAUUUGGAUAAUCUAGAGAACAAAGUUUACUAUGUAACAUCGAUUGUCGAAGAACCUUAUUUGAUUGUGAAGAAGAGUCAUGGCGGGAAAAAAUUUCAAGGCAAUGAUCGCUUUGAAGGUUAUUGCAAAGAUCUUGCCGAUUUAAUUGCUCAACAUUUAAACAUUACGUAUGAAAUGCAUUUGGUCAAAGAUUCAAAGUAUGGUGGAAUCGUCAAAAAUAAUACUAAAGAAUGGAAUGGAAUGGUCGGCGAAUUAGUCAGACAUGAAGCUGAUAUUGCCAUUGCUCCUUUAACCAUUACUUCAGCUCGUGAACGCGUCAUCGAUUUCACUAAACCAUUCAUGUCGUUAGGCAUAUCUAUCAUGAUUAAAAAACCACAAAAAAAGAAUCCUGGAGUAUUCUCAUUCAUGAAUCCAUUGAGUUAUGAAAUAUGGAUGUGUGUCAUUUUGGCGUAUGUUGGCGUUUCAGUCGUUUUGUUUCUAGUAUCGCGAUUUUCUCCAUAUGAAUGGCGUUAUGAAGAAACCGUAUAUGGACCACAUGUUUCCAAUGAUUUUUCCUUGUACAAUUCUCUUUGGUUCGCUUUAGGCGCCAUUAUGCAACAAGGUUGUGAUGUCUAUCCACGAUCGGUUGCCGGUCGAAUCGUUGGAUCGGUUUGGUGGUUUUUUACAUUGAUUCUUUUAUCCACCUAUACCGCUAAUUUGGCUGCGUUCUUAACAGUUGAACGUAUGGUGACGCCUAUUAAUUCGGCCGACGAUCUUGUCAAGCAAACCGAAAUCGAAUAUGGUGUUCUAGGUGAUUCCUCAUCAAUGGAAUUUUUCCGGAGAUCUAAAAUUGCAGUUCAUCAAAGAAUGUGGGAAUUUAUGAAAUCCCGGCCACAUGUUUUUGUUGAUUCUUAUGAAGAUGGUAUACGACGUGUUCGUGAAUCCAAAGGAAAAUAUGCGUUUCUUAUUGAAAGUACCAAGAAUGAUUAUGUCAAUGAAAGAAAACCGUGUGAUACAAUGAAAGUUGGAAGAAAUUUUGAUGCUAAAGGUUAUGGUGUUGCCACACCGCGUGGAUCAAUUCUACGAGAAAAAUUGAAUCUAGCCAUAUUAUAUCUGAUCGAAAACGGUGAUUUAACCAGACUUGAGAAUCGAUGGUGGUUUGAUCGAAGCGAGUGUAAAUCUAAAGAGCAAAAAGAUACAAACCAAUAUACAUUGACUUUGAAUUCGGUUGCCGGAUGUUUUUACAUAUUGAUCAGUGGUCUUUUAUUGGCCAUGAUUGUCGCCCUAUGUGAAUUUAUUUUGAAAGCUCAACAUGAUUCCACUGCUUACAAUAUUUCAUUUAUGGAAGCAAUGCGUUCGAUUCUUUGCAUAUCAAUUACCGGUAAACCUACUAAAAUGAUUCGAAAUCUCAAAUUAAAGAUGAAUCAAGAUGAAUUCGAUACAUCGGCAGCCAUCGAUGAGCCUCCACUGCCAACCUCAAUGAAUCAUUCAUUUGAAUCAAUGUUUCAAUAAUUUAUAAUACGUUUUGUUUCACACAAAUGUACAUUCGCUGUAUUGCGUAGGGUCGCCAUAAAUAUUCUCAAGUUUAUUCAAGUCACUAUUAUCAAACUAUAUAUCAAAAUAAAAUCACCAUCACAUUAACAUAUUCACAUCGCAUAUUUGAUCAAUGGAUUGCACAUAUAAUGAAACAAAUAAACCAGCUGAAUAAACACGGUA